GAGGGCGAGCUGCCAUCCUCCAGGAACAAAUAAAAGGAAAUUUACCGUGUGUGUCGUCUGACAGUUUCACGCGGAAGACGGCGAGAAAAUCCAGCUGAGAACAACAUUUUGGUGUCAUCAUGGGGGCCUGUUUGGCGCUGUGUUCUUUAGCCAGCUGUGCUUCCUGUCUGUGCGGCUCGGCACCGUGUCUGCUGUGCGGAUGCUGUCCCUCCUCGAAUAACUCCACGGUCACGCGACUGGUUUUCAGCUUCUUUCUGCUGUUGGGGACCUUCGUGUCGAUCAUCAUGAUCCUUCCCGGAAUGGAAGCGCAGCUUCGCAAAAUCCCAGGAUUUUGCCAGGGUGGAACUUCUAUACCUGGCUUUGAAAACCAGGUCGACUGCGAUAUCAUCUUGGGCUACAAAUCCGUGUAUCGCAUGUGCUUUGCCUUGACCUGCUUUUUUUUCCUCUUCUUCCUCAUCAUGAUUCGCGUCCGCAGCAGCAAAGACCCGCGUGCAGCUAUUCAAAAUGGUUUCUGGUUCUUUAAAUUUCUGAUCCUGGUCGGGAUUACCGUGGGAGCCUUUUUCAUCUCCGAUCCAGUGUUCAAUACCGUGUGGUACUAUUUUGGACUCGUGGGCUCCCUCUUCUUCAUUAUAAUCCAACUCAUUCUCCUCAUUGACUUUGCCUACUCCUGGAACCAAGCAUGGGUAGAAAAUGCUGAAAGUAAUGGCAACAAGUGCUGGUAUGCAGGCCUCCUGACUUUCACCUUCCUCAAUUAUGCCGUGGCUUUCGCCGCAGUCGUGCUGUUUUAUGUCUACUACACGCAGCCGGAUGACUGCGCACAGCACAAGGUCAUCAUCAGCCUCAAUUUUAUCUUCUGUAUCAUCGUCUCUAUUGUCUCCAUCCUGCCCAAAGUUCAGAAAGCCCAACCUUACUCUGGCCUACUGCAAGCUUCUCUCAUCUCCCUGUACACCAUGUACGUCACCUGGUCCGCAAUGACCAACAACCCAAAUCGCAAGUGCAACCCCAGCCUGUUGAGUCUCGUGUCGAACGUCAGCACCCCGUCCCCCUCCGGUGAACACCCGCCGGGCCAGGUGAUGUUGUGGGAUGCCCAGAGCGUGGUCGGCUUGCUCAUCUUCGUUUUGUGCACACUCUACGCCAGUAUUCGGUCAUCCAGCAACACGCAGGUCAACAAGCUGCUGCAAACGGAGGAGGGCGGCGGAGAGAGCGGACAAGUCAUGGUGGGCGAGGACGGGGUCCGCAGGGCCGUGGACAACGAGGAGGACGGCGUGACUUACAACUACUCGGCCUUCCACUUUCACCUGGCUCUGGCCUCGCUGUACAUCAUGAUGACUCUCACCAACUGGUACCUACCCGACACAAGCACCCACGACAUGCAGAGCAGCAAGCCGGCCGUGUGGGUGAAGGCGUGCUCCAGCUGGCUGGGUCUCGGCCUGUAUCUGUGGACCCUCGUGGCCCCCCUCCUCUUCCCCGACCGAGAUUUCAACUGAGCAGCAGGUCUUUUGUUUUCAUGCCUGGCUUUACUGAUUUUCUUUUUUUUUUUCUUUUUUUUUUUUUUUUAAGGGCUGCAUACCACAAAUGGGCUGGAAUGUCGUCUUUUUUUUUUGCCUUUGCCAUUGUGGUGGCUGUUUUGAAGACUCGGUGUGAUAAUUAACUGUAAAAGUUUGCGGCAGGUUGAGCCACAAAAAGUUUUAUUGUAUUUACCCGUGAUUCACCUUGACGAGCUUCCUCCAAAAACACCCCCCACCCCACCUGAUCUGGCGCGACCACGUGAUCUGUUAUCUUCAUGCUGAACUUUAGUUACCGGACUAUCACGCAGGCUCAGUUUCGCAACACUGCAAAUGUUUUUCGUUUUCGUACGUCACGCUCAAGACCAGAAACGGCAGGCAGACUUCCUGUUGGGCCGCUUCCGGAUUUCCCUCCCCUUCUGAUAAUUUGAGGAUUCUUUUAGUGCCGGGGGCAAUGUGGGGAAACCUCCUUUCAAGGCCCCCCCCCCCCCCCCCCCCCGCGAGAGAGGAGUGCAAGUGUGAGAUAAGAAUAAGACGGCACACCCCGCAGAUCAUGACGAGGGUUUCCUUUUUGCAACUGGACUGUACACACGAGCACAUUAUUGCGCUCAAACGCCGGAUGGUUACCGCGUUUGGCCCAGUUCAGCCGCGCACCAACCAUCUGUACCCGCAUAGCGGCAGGCGGGGGGAAACAUAUUGAUCUUUGGCAACAUGCCUUCCCCACGUGAUCGGCGCGGGGCUCCCCGCGUGCACGCAUAUGUCAUCGUUUCCAUAGAAUUGAGAAUUCGAGACUGCAACGCGCACAACAAACGAGUCGGAAAACCUGUCAGUGCUGUUAUGCGCGUCGCUUGUGGUUUGGAAGUAAUUGGUGUCAUUAUGGUGCGGUUAAGAACAUUUCAGUAUGAAUAAAAGGGGUGUUUUCCUCCGAAACUGAACACGUUGCCUUGUGCAGUGUUUCCCAACCUUUAUCGAGCCAAAGCGCAAAAAAAAAAAAAAAAAAUCUCACGGCACACCUCCAAGAUAAAAUGUCAAUUCAAUUUGGUUCAUUUUAUGUUCUGCAUUUUUUUUAUUUUUUUAAGUACCUCUUUCAAGAUUGAAAGCAUGAAUGGGGGUGGGAUGAUAAUUUGUGUAAAUAAAUUCCGUACCCCCACCUGAUGAGCUCUCAUGAUACGUGCGUUGCGACAGUGUUUGGGAAUCGCUGGUCUACUUUCUGUGACAUUUAAUUUUACUCCCAAUUUUUUUCAGAGGAAUCAAGUGUCUUGUUUUUAAGAAAUAGUCCCGUUUUCGAUCCAUUUUGUUUUAUCCGAAGCACUUUUUAAAGUCUUGCGCAGUUUUACCGUCAUCACUAGGCCCGGGCGACGCCUUAAGCCGAAUUGCCAGUUUUAAUAUGGGAUGGAACAUUUUCAAAAAUGCUCCCAAGUGCCUCCUUGUUCUGAUUUCAUUAAGAAUUGUGCAUGCCUGUCGCGCUCUACAUAUGUUGAGUCAAGCUUUUAGUUAUGAGACAAAAUCUUUUGUAUUGUAUAUGUGCAUUGGUUUGAAUACAAAUUAAACUCUGUGACUCACUCUC